AUGACGCGCGAUCGGUUUAGUGAAAUAAAAUCUAAAAUAAAAUAUUCAAAACCUACUGACAAAAAUGAUAAUGAUAAAGCUUGGAAAGUCCGUCAUAUUUUGGAAUUGUUUAGGACCAAUAUUAAACAAUUUGGAUAUUUUUCAACUGCUCUUUCCAUUGACGAAAUGAUGGUUAGAUUUUUUGGUCACACGUGUCUGAGGCAAUAUUUGCCUUCUAAACCUGACCGAUACAAAAUCAAACUCUGGGCCUUGUGCGGAGCAAAUGGAUAUAUAUUCAACGUUGAUAUUUAUUGUUGUAAGAACGAUACAAGCAUUGGGAUAAAUUUAUCCGCAUGUCCACUUGGCUCCAGAGUUGUAUUACAAAUGGUUAAUCCACUUCUACAUAGCCUUUCAAAAAGAAAAUUGUCUGACUAUCAUGUCUAUUUUGAUAACUAUUUCACUAGUCCUGAUUUAGUCGUUCACUUGAACAAAUGUGGCUUACGAUCUACAGGAACUGUUCGUAAAGAUAGAGUGAAACAAAAACAUGAUUUUGAAAAAAUAAAGGCAGCUGGCGUCACUCCCUUGGAGCCAAUGGAAAGAUAUUCAAGAACUGCUAAGAAAAGAUCAAAAUUGGAAUUCCCUUGUGCUUUUUCUUCGUAUAACAAGUACAUGGGAGGAGUGGAUUUGCACGAUUUUCGAUGCAAGAAAGCUUCUCCAAGUGUCAGUUCAAAGAAGUGGCCAUUCAAAAUUUUCUCACGAAUUAUUGAAAUGUCAAUAACGAACGCUGUAACAAUAAGCAAUCUUUGCAGAAAGGAUAGAAAAAUAAUGAAAACGCAAGAAAUGUGUAAAGAAGCACGAUACUAG